GCGGUUUGGAGGGAGAGCGGAGGAAGCUCCCCCCACCCGGCGGCUGCCGAGCUCCGCAGGCCGGGGCUGCGCGUUUGCCCGGGCCCCGCAGGCAGCGGCGCGCGGUUUUCCUGGAGUUGUAUCAGUGGCAUGGCUGUGCUAAGGAGCUUUCAUUAAACGUGAUCGGAGGCCUUUGGCAGGAUACAAACAGCUUGACUCUCGACAACACCAGGGAAAGGACUUGUGGGUUGAAAGUUAAGGUUAACACAGCUGCACUGUCCCAGCAGCCAGCAUGGAUCAGGGUCUGCGUGGCGAUGUACAGGUGGAGCGCAUCCUCGUGUAUUCCUUUCUGCAGAACUGUCACAACUGUGAUUUCAGAGAAGAGCUGGAUUCUCUGAGAAGCCAGGUGAUGGUUUCCCCACCAAAAAACUUUCUCUCUGAUGAGUUUGAUGAUGGGGAGCUUCAGACAGAUGGGAAUCGGAGUGGCCGGUUUUCGAAUGGUGAGCCAGAUUCUGUGGUUGAUGAGGACAUUUUCCGGCUCAUUGGAGCUCAGCUUGCUGAGAUUGGGGACCAAGUGGCUAGGGAGAUCCAACCAAGAGUAGUAAAUGAUCUAGUGCAGCAAUUUGUGAAUGAGAAUCUGUCCAAAGAGGAGAUAAUGAGACGUCUGUCUAAUACAGUGGAGGGGCUUGUGAGAACCAUACCUUUGGAAAUGGAGCAGGAGAAAGCCAUGUUGGUGCUAGCGAUGGUUUUAGCCAGAACAGUAGCAAACAAAAUGCCAUCCCUUCUACACCGUGUCUUUAACACCACUGUGAAUUACAUCAACCAGAACCUCCACAAUUACAUUGUUAACCUGGGAUAACAAAGUUGAAUGAGAGCGGAGCCAGUGCCGUUGACGUCUGUGGAGAAGAUUGCUUCUUGAGUAUUUACUUUAAACGUUAAAACUUUGCUUUUUUUCCUCGUUUAAAUUCUUUUGCAAUGCCGCUGUGAAGGGGGAAGCACAACCCCUUAGUUAUGUUUUAGGUUUUUCAGAGAUCAACACAGGAGAACUGUUCAAGCUGUGCGAUUGUUCAGCAGAGACAUGUAGGACUAUUGCUUGCCUGUUACUUUCUUUUACCAAAUAUUGAAUGGGACAUACAGGUCUUCACCAGCACCAAGACUUAGGAGGAAGUGCCAGUUGGCAGUGCACUCAGGUGUGUUUACUGAAACUUUAGGUCAUUAUCCCAUGCACUGGGGAUAGGAUCUGUUGGCAGUGAGUCUGUUAGGGUAGGUCUUCCCUGCAGGGUUAACCCAGGUGUGAGCAGUCACACAGCAUACCUAUACUUCAAAGCUGUGCUCUUAUGUCUAUGGUGCUAGGUCUGCUGGAGGCAAGGCCUAUUGUUCUUUUGUGCUGCAGUAAGCCGAGCCCUUCUAGUCUAUCCGAGCACGGUCCUCAGAUGCUGUCCUAAUCAACUGCAAGGGAUUUAGCCUCACUACAAAACGGGUGGGUUACCGAGUAAAAGCAGAGGUUAGGUUAACGUCCCUACUGUGCACGCUAUCCUGGAAAAGCUAUGCUAGUGUAGUAUGGCCUGUUCUCACAAGGACAAGCAUUUCUCUGCACCCCCAUCAUGAUAGGUAAUCCACCUCUCUGAGCAGUAGUCGUUAGGGCAAUGGAUUUCACCCCCUAUGCUGUGUGCUAGCUAGCCAGCCUGGGUUGAGACAACCACCUAACACUUAGUGGUGUGCCUUUAAUGAAGACAUACCUUUGGAAAUACAAGCUAAUUCUUGAGUAAACUAUACGCUCAGGGUUUUUUCCCUAGGCACAUCAAUAGGGGAGCCUCUGGAUGGUGUCUGAUUUAGAUGUGCAAAGUUAUAGAAAAGCAACAGAAUUAACAUUCAUCUGGUCAUACUUGAGCAUGACACACACUAGCUUUAAUUUCCACUCAAUAGGUCCUUCCAUGUAGUCAAUGACUAAGAGGCUGGCAACCUUGAUCAUCUUUAACUUAUGCCUAGAGCCUCUGCUGGUGGGCCUACCAGGAAUGCACAGUCUCAACUUGACAGUUUAUGUAAACUAAACUGAGUUGCUGUUUCUUAUUUUAUCUGUAAAUAUUUUAUACUUAAUAAAAUUGUCAGUGCAGCUGUUAUCCAUUUUCAAA